CUUCAACAUCACUUCUAAGUUGGGAAGCCCAUUUUAACUUGAUAGCUUUAUUUCAUCUUCUCUUUGGUAUUCAUACUCUCUCUCGAAUCAACUUUUACAUAUGUAAAUGUCUUCACUUUCUCCCUUCUUUCGACCUCUCCUUCCUCAAUGGAGUUUCUUGGUUAUUCUCAACUCCAACCCAAAGAUUAGCCUCAAACCUUGUGUCUUUUCAUCUUCAUCUUCAUCUUCCUACAAUAAUGAUUCAGUUCCUCUGCCUAAACAAAUCCAAACACAGUUGGGUUAUGAUCCUUCAGAGGAGCUAUUUGGACUCUCGCCUGUUCCAAAACCAAGCAGUGCCCUUCCAAAACCAAGAUCCUGGUUCGGUCCCAAUGGACAAUACAUCAGAGAGCUUCCUUGUCCAAGUUGCAGGGGGAGAGGUUAUACUCCAUGUUCCGAGUGCGGUAUCGAAAGAUCAAGAUCAGAUUGUUCCCAAUGUAAUGGAAAGGGUAUAAUGACUUGCCGUCAGUGCUUGGGAGAUCGUGUGAUAUGGGAAGAGUCAAUAGAUGAGCAGCCAUGGGAGAAAGCUCGUUCAAUUUCUCCACUCCGAGUAAAAGAGGAUGAUGAGGUAGACAAUCUAGAUUUGCAACUGGAUGUGAAGAAAAAAUCAAAGCGCGUUUACCAAUCACCAUCUCCUGAAGUUGGAUUGAAGAUCAGCCGAUCACUAAAAAGUCUAAAUGCCAAAACAGGACUAUUUAGUAAAAGAAUGAAGAUCAUUCAUCGUGAUCCUAUGCUUCAAGCUCAAAGGGUGGCUGCCAUCAAGAAAGCAAAAGGAACAGCUGCAGCAAGGAAGCGUGUUUCUGAAGCUUUGAAAGACUUUUUUAGUGAUCCAGAGAACCGACAUAAGCGGAGCAUUUCUAUGAAAGGAGUCAAAUUUUUCUGCAGAAAUUGUGGCCGUGAAGGGCAUAGAAGACACUACUGCCCCGAAAUUAGAGAUAGUUCAAUAGACAAGCGGUUCAAGUGUCGAGUAUGUGGAGGAAAAGGUCAUAACAGAAGAACUUGUCCAAGGUCAAGGUUGAGCAAUGAAGGAAGGUCAAGUAGAAGGCGUCACCGUUGCAAAGUUUGUCGCAGAAGUGGUCAUAAUCGUCGCACAUGCCCUCAAGUGAUAGGGGUGAGAGACAUUUUGACCGCUGGAAGUAGAAUAUACACCUGCAGGUUAUGCCGAAAAGAGGGGCACAAUGCAAGGACAUGCCCUAGUAACAGUUAAUAACACAACAGUUUGAUUUUGGGAGGUUAUGUGAAGUUACAAACUCAGUGUUUAUGUUGUAUGAUGGAUGGAUGGUAAAUAUUGAGAAUGCAGAACAAGUUAUAUAUUUA